AUGAUUAUUACACAAUCCGUCGGAGAAGAUAUAAGAUCACUGGAAAUGUCUUUAAUGAUUGAUUCCAAGUUUCAAUGUGCUAAUACAACUUGUCUACCAUUCCUUAAUGUUAUUACAUCAAAUAUUAAGGAUUGUCAAAUAGCUUGUCUAGCUCAAAGUCAAUGUAAAGCAGCGACGUUUUAUCGAUCAACUUCUAAUUGUGAAUUAUUUGCUGAUAUAUUGAAUCAAAAUGGAAAUAUUCUGGCUGAUGUCGAUGCUACUAGUAUGAAUGUUAUUAGUGGAACACGAUUUCCACCGGAACCAACUACAACAUCAACAUCAACAACAUCAACAACAACAACAAUAUCCACAACAACAUCCUCAUCAACUUCAACAACAUCCACUACAUCAUCAUCAUCAUCAACAACAACGUCAACAACAACAACAACAACAUCUACAACAUCAUCUACUACAUCAACAACAACUUCAACAACAUCAACUUCAACAACAACAUCGUCAUCAUCAUCCACUACAUCAACAACAACAUCAUCAUCAUCAUCCACUACAUCAACAACAACUUCAACAACAUCAUCAACAAGUUCAACAACAACACCAGCAAUACGACAAUGGACAGUCACAGGAACCAUGAGUAUCGCACGAGAAUAUCACACAUUAUCCACAUUAGCAAAUGGAUAUGCAUUAGUUGCUGGUGGAUUCAACGGCAGUGCUUGUCUCAGUAGUGCUGAACUGUAUGAUCCAACAACAGGUACUUGGACAACUACCGGAAACAUGAAUACCGCACGAGUAUAUCACACAGCAUCUACAUCAGCAAACGGAUCAGUAUUAGUUACUGGUGGAUACAACGCCGGUGUUUAUUUCAGUAGUGCUGAACUGUACAAUCCAUCAACGGGCACUUGGACAACUGCAGGAAACAUGAGUAACGUACGAAUAUAUCACACAGCAUCCACAUUAGCAAAUGGAUCAGUAUUAGUGACUGGUGGAAACAACGGUGCUUAUCUGAAUAGUGCUGAAUUGUACAAUCCAUCAACAGGUACUUGGACAACUACCGAAAACAUGAAUGUCGCACGACAAUAUCACACAGAAUCCACAUUAGCAAAUGGAUAUGUAUUAGUUGCUGGUGGACAGAACACCAAUGGUGUUCUUAAUAGUGCUGAACUGUACAAUCCAUCAACAGGCACUUGGACAACUGCAGGAAACAUGAAUACCGCACGAUAUUAUCACACAGCAUCCAUAUUAGCAAAUGGAUCAGUAUUAGUUGCUGGUGGAUAUGGCAGUGGUUAUCAGAAUAGUGCUGAAUUGUACAAUUCAUCAACAGGCACUUGGACAACUACAGGAAAUAUGAGUACCGUACGAGCAUAUCACACAGCAUCCAUAUUAGCAAAUGGAUCAGUAUUAGUUACUGGUGGAGUGGGCAAUGGUAUUCUUAAUAGUGCUGAACUGUACAAUCCAUCCACAGGUACUUGGACAACUGCAGGAACAUGA